ACAGGUGGCGUACCUCUACGUUUGUGUAGUUUGACAAGUCCAGUCUGUCGAAAAAGAAGAUGUGAAAAUUGCCAUCGCGUUUGUUUUUAUCUUUUUUGUAGGAGAUAUUAAGCCAUAAGUAAUACUGUAUUCGAUAAACAAUGGACACAUAACUUAAUCCAGUACACAAAAAGCAUUUAUGAUUACGUUUUAGCGAAGCAAGGCCUCAGGUUGUUUAUCUAUCUGGUCUUUACUUAAGGAGAGUGAAGAUAACUAGCCUGCCGUUCUCCACCCAAACUGAGCCCAAGCCUAUAUUGACUGGGGUCCUGAUUGUGACAAAGGACUUCCCUGGGCACCGCAGGAGAAAUGGCAUCGGUGAAAGACAGUAGUCAAACACUCCGGCUGAAUAUCAUCACGAAAGAUAAAGAAGAGGAAGUGAAGAUUUGGGAAUGUGAUGAUUACCCAGGAGAGAGUCCAGACAUGGCAUCAGUAGAGCUGGUAGGCAGCAGUCAAACACUGGGGCUGAAUGUCACCAUUAAUGAUGAACAGAAGGAAGACAUUGGGGAAUCUGCUGAUCAUGGAGAGACCUCUAACUCCUCUGACCAAGUCGAGACAUUUCCUGCAUCGGGGAAGAAACAUCAGGAAGGGAGCAAAGCUAAGGGGUCUCGCCACUGCCCACACUGUGAGGAGAGCUUCCCAUUCCCAUCAUAUCUUGAAAGACACCUUCGAAAACAUUCUGGAGAGAAGCCUUAUUCCUGCUCUGUCUGUGGGAGGAGUUUCUCUCAACUGAGUGGCUUGAACGUGCACCAGCGAACACACACUGGAGAGAAGCCUCACCGCUGUCCUCACUGUGAGGAGAGUUUCCCAUUCCCAUCAUAUCUUGAAAGACACCUACGAAAACAUUCUGGAGAGAAGCCUUAUUCCUGCUCUGUCUGUGGGAUGAGUUUCUCUCAACUGAGUGGUUUGAACGUGCACCAGCGAACACACACUGGAGAGAAGCCUCACCACUGUCCUCACUGUGAGAAGAGUUUCCCAUUCCCAUCAUAUCUUGAAAGACACCUGCGAAAACAUUCUGGAGAGAAGCCUUACUGCUGCCCUGACUGUGGGAAAUGCUUCACAACAUCAAGUCAUCUAACCUCUCAUCGUCGAGUUCACACAGGGGAGAAGCCUUACUCCUGCUCUGACUGCGGGAAGAGUUUCCCAUUCCCGUCAUAUCUUGAACGACACCUGCGGAAACAUGCUAACCAUUGUGUUAUAUGAAGGUCAUGUGGUGGCAACCAGCACUGAACAAUACCUUUUUGGCCAGCAGUCAUCCCAGCCGGCCAGCAGUCAUCCCAGCCGGCCAGCAGCCAUCCCAGCCGGCCAGCAGUCAUCCCAGCCGGCCAGCAGUCAUCCCAGCCGGCCAGCAGCCAUCCCAGCGGGCCAGCAGUCAUCCCAGCGGGCCAGCAGCCAUCCCAGCGGGCCAGCAGCCAACCCAAGCCGGCCAGCAGCCAACCCAAGCCGGCCAGCAGUCAUCCCAGCCGGCCAGCAGUCAUCCCAGCCGGCCAGCAGCCAUCCCAGCCGGCCAGCAGCCAUCCCAGCCGGCCAGCAGCCAUCCCAGCCGGCCAGCAGCCAUCCCAGCCGGCCAGCAGUCAACCCAAGCCGGCCAGCAGUCAUCCCAGCCGGCCAAACCAUACACUGUUUCUUGUUCACUGGAAUCGUCAUUAAGUAGAAUAGGAAUCGGUUAGAUUAUCCUUUCCUCCAAAACUUAUCAAUCCCAUAUCAUCUGUUUUGUAUGUGUCAAGUAUAUUGUGGUGGGCACAGGUUACAGUUUGUAUGUGUCAAGUCUAUUGAGGGGGGCACAGGUUACAGUUUGUAUGUGUCAAGUCUAUUGAGGGGGGCACAGGUUACAGUUUGUAUGUGUCAAGUCUAUUGAGGUGGGCACAGGUUACUGUUUAGGCUUAAAGCCUGUUUUGUAUGUGUCAAGUCUAUUGAGUGAUGCACAGGUUACAGUUUAGGCUUAAAGCCUACUUUGUAUGUGUCAAGUCUAUUGAGGGGGGCACUGGUUACAGUUUAGGCUUAAAGCCUACUUUGUAUGUGUCAAGUCUAUUGAGGGAUGCACAGGUUACAGUUUGUAUGUGUCAAGUCUAUUGAGGGGGGCACAGGUUACAGUUUGUAUGUGUCAAGUCUAUUGAGGGGGGCACAGGUUACAGUUUGUAUGUGUCAAGUCUAUUGAGGGGGGCACAGGUUACAGUUUAGGCUUAAAGCCUGUUUUGUAUGACAUAUUAUAAGUGGUGUCCAGUACAACCUAUGACAAAGCUUUUAAUUCAUUUUAUUGAUAGUUUGGCUUCUUUGACGAGUGAAAUUAUAUUCUCCCAGACAUUCUCCUCAUCAUCAGACAUAAACUUUACCCAUGAUUUAACCAUUUGGAAGAUAUUUUUUUGCUUUUGUAUCUGAAGAUGAAAAUAAAUAGCAGACACCAAA